AUGCAGCGCCUGUGCGUGUAUGGGCUGCUCCUGGCUCUGGCUCUGGCCGCCUUCUCCGAAGCCUCCUGGAAGCCCCGCUCCCAGCUGCAGGAUGCACCCUCGGGCCCAGGUGCCGGGGGGGCCCUGGAGGCACGUUGGCUGGACCAGCUGGGCUCAGCCCCUCGCCACCAAAGGCAGCUGAAAUUCCCGGGUCCCCCACACCCCGUGGCAGACCUGUCCAAGAAGCAGGGGCCGUGGCUGGAGGAGGAAGAGGAAGCGUACGGAUGGAUGGACUUCGGCCGCCGCAGUGCUGAGGAAGGAGACCAACAGCCCUAGCAGCGCCCGGUCACCGCCCAGCCCAGCCCAGCCCAGCCCAGCCCAGCCCCAUGGAAAACCAAUCCCAAUAAAGCGGCUUCCAAUGGA